AUGGCCGAGGAAGAGAUUAGGGCAGAAUUAGAGGCAGUCGAGGCGGUGUACGGUGGCGAUUGCCUGGUCAUCGAAGCUUACCCUCCCCAUAUCCAUGUCCACCUUAAGCCGCGCACGGCCGAGGUCUCCUCUCAACAGUUUGUCGAAGCAACUAUCGGAAUGCGAGCUGGUCCUCAGUACCCUGAAAAGCCACCAGAAAUUAGUGUUAUUAAUUCCAAGGGUCUUGAUGAGCAGAGGCAGAAACAUCUUCUAGCUAGCAUCCGUGCAGAAGCUUCAGAACUAGCUUCUUGCUUGAUGCUCGUGGCACUUUGUGAGGAAGCAGUGCAGAGGCUCUCUAGUAUGAACCACCCUGAUGGGGACUGUCCAUUAUGUUUACAUCCAUUACUAGGUGAUGAAGAUGCUGAUAGCAGCUCAUUACCCUUUAUGAAGUUAAUGUCUUGUUUUCAUUGCUUUCAUUGUGAUUGCAUCAUCAGAUGGUGGAAAUGGUCCCAGGUCCAAAGUGAUCAAGAGGUUAAGAGUUCAUCAUCUUCAAGUUCUUCUAGGAUAAUGCAUCAAAAGCCAGGCACACACAAAACAGUGGAGGAGAAUAUGGCAAAGUGUCCUGUCUGCCGUAAAGUGUUUCUUGCCAAGGAUAUUGAACACGUGCUCGACUUGGUUGGGACUGGUGAACAUUUGGAUUCCAGUGGGACUGAGAUCGACAAAGACAUUCUUCAUUCUGUUUCUGAGAAAUUAAGGAGACAAAAAUUUGAGGCAGUACUUAGACUCCAGCAAGAAAACCAUGGCUUGAUUGAGCCCAAAAAGAAUGAGGUCUUAUUGCCAGGUGUGUUUCUUCCACAGCCAGUUGCCUCACCUCCUACAGAAUCCGACACUGUAUCCAGUGGGCCACGGAAAAAUGGCCCAACAGCCAAAACAGAUGCCAAUCCAGGAAGUUCCUUCAACAGGCCCGGCCCAAGGAGACACAGCAAUUAUUCUAAUACCAGGAAGCACAGACCCCAAAAUUCUGGUAAGCAAGCAAGGAAUCGGACAAGUAAAGAGGAUGCUAGUAGAAAUUGA